GAGUGCGUGGCGCGCGCGUAAAUCACAGAGAUGCGGAGAAUGCUGAGAGAAUGUUUCUUUAAGACCCAUUACCUUCCAAUUCGACAGAGGGGGAGUCUGUGGUAAGGUGGCGUAUCGUCUCUCUCCGCGUCCCCCCCCUCUCUCUCCUCUCUCCUCUCCUUUUCCUCUCCUCGCCGUUUACAUGUGGAAAAGAGGGACAGAAAAAAUUGCCUGUGCUACAUUUAAUGUGCUUUACUCUGGUUUCGGAUGAGGGGUGGCACACACACCGAGGCACGAUCCGCGGAGAUGGAGCUAAGGGAUAUUUAACAUCAAACAUGGACACUACAGGCUCCCCGCGAUGACUCUGGUAAGGAUGCAACUUCACACCGCCCCAUCGUUACCCAAAUUUCCUCUGAGAGGGGGGGAUUAUAGGGGAAAUACAUGCAUGCUCUGAUGUAACCAAAAAUGCAUGUGUGUGUGUGUGCACGAUAAAGAGUAGGCUACUUAACAUUGUGUUGUGAAGGAUGGGGGGUGUAUAAGUGUGUGUGUGUGUGUGUGUGUGUGUGUGUGUGUGUGUGUGUGUGUGUGUGUGUGUGUGUGUGUGUGUAAGGGGAGGGAGGGGGUUACUAUGUGAAUUGAACGAAGAGACAAAUAGGCUUAUAUUAGGAAGACAAUGCAGCGCCUGGUGCCUAUGUCAGUGUCAGCCUUUGACAGGUGUGUUGGCAGCACACAGCACGAUUUAUUCAGGGCGCGCGUGCUCGCCCCCGUUUCAUACAGUUAGGUGAGGUGGUAUCUACUUGAAGGGGGGGGGGGGGUUAAUAAGACUAAAAGAUACCACUGUAUAUAGGCCUACUAUGUGUUGCUUGCAAUUAAUCAUGGCUGAAACUAAGCUCUCUGCCGUUGGGUGCUUUGUAGUCAAACAUCCCGGCUCGCCUCCCUGCUGUCACUGGGCCUAUAUGGAGUUGAUUAUAUUCCAUAAUGUCUGGCCUAUUACUGAGUGGUGACGGCACGUUUUGGGCCAUUUCCCCGACAAGAUGCUUAACGUGGUCCAGCAAAUAUUCAAAGAAGUGGGAUUUUCUCUCCCUUUGUGCUUAAGUGGUCGUUUUAACACCUCGGAUGCACAGCUCCUAAGCUCCUUACUAUGAGAAUGUAGAUGUGCGCGCCCGUGCGUGCGCGCGCGUGCGUGUCAUCUCAUGGAAUGGUCUUUCCUCAAUACAUACAUCCAGAAAUGGAGGUAGCCACACAGCAUAGACCAGUCGAGCUGUCAUCUGGAGAGCCUCGUCAUUUUCCCAUCAGCCCGGUGUGCGGCGAAGAUGCCAGCGCAAAUAAGAGCGGGUUACAGCCUAGUUCAGAUCCCGAUGCUCUCAUUCCCUCUGCCCAGCUGCCGACAAUCACUUAUCGAUUCCAAUGAUGCGUUUCUUGGCCAGGGGGUACUGUUUCAUGGUAUUAUGAAGAGGAGUGUGUGUGUGUGUAUGUGGAGGGGAGGGGGGUGAAGAGGGGAGGAGGAGGAGGGGUAUCCAUUAUUAGUCGCUACAUGUACAUAUGGACUGCUUUUAUUGAAAUGUCAAGAAUGCAUCCAACAUGCACGCAUUGUUUUCGCAUGGCAGGCGAUUUAACAUGAAACCGGAUGUCAAAAACCCUCUUGCUUGUUGUAAUUGUCGGCGGUUGAGGGAGCCUGCACACCCCUCUCCCCGCCCCAGUGUCUGGUGGAGGAGAGCUGUUUUUGCUGCUCUCUUUCUCUCACUCACAUACACCCAAACACACACACACACACACACACACACACACUCACACACACACACACACACACACACACACACACAAGGCUAUGCCAUCUUCCUUCUGCCCAAUUUCGGGCAUUUUUAGUAACAUGAACCUAAUUGGGGGAAUUAUUCUCCUAAUUGGUCAUCUAGGAACCAGAUAAUGCAAGUCUGUGCACUCCAGGGUAAGUGGGUGUAAGCAGGAUUCAGUGUGACUUUGUAUGAUGAUGAUGAUGAUGAUGGUGAUGAUGAUUAUGUGGGCAAUCAUAAUAUGAAAACACCCACAUGUCCAAAGAAAGACACUCAGCUUACUUGAUCGAUUUUUGUGUGGUGACACUCUGAGUCCAGUUUACCUGUAACAAAGAUUAAUCUAGCACAGCCUCCUGGAUGUAGCUGUGUGGUAGUGCUACAUUAUCAUCUGAUUUGGUUGUUUCCCAAUUGUUCUACCUCUUUUAUUUGGGGCUUUGAGAAUGGAAAUCGGUUUAUUUUUUUGUACAGAGGGUUCUGUUUCAGAACAUCCAAAGUUUUCACAUGUAUUUUAUCAAAUUAGUACAGGGGCAGUUUUCUUUCAAUGGCAGAGUGCAAAACUCAAAUUCUGUCACAAUAUUUUACUAUUUAAUAUAAGAAUUGUUGAUCAUGUAAUCUGGAUUCAGUUAAAAAGGUGUAUUCCUCUUGCUUUGAUGAAAUGAAAGGAUGCAAGGAUGAAAUUUGAUAGCUCAGUAGCCCUAAGCUAUGCUAAGUUUCUUCUCAUUUAUCCUAGCUAAGUUUCAGGCUUGUGAGCUCUUAACUAAAAGUAGCUAAUGGAUUCUUUUAAAAAACAAGUUGUUGUAUCCUUAAAUGUUGCUCAAUUUUUUAAUUUUUUUGAUUUAUGAUUUUUUCCCUGUGUUACAUCAAGUGACACUUGGCCAACAGCAUUUAGCAGGGAUGUUACUGUAACACACAAUAUAUUCAAUAACAUUUAUGAUUUGAGAUUAUGUGAAACUAAAACACUUCUCCACAUCAUUUCAAUGGAUUUUACCCUAACCAGCACAACUCAGGAAGACAGAGAGCAGCAAAAGAUGCCCAGCCAGUCCUUUUGAGCAAAAAGUGACUAUGUAUUAUUAACACAGUUAAAUAGUGCUAAUCUACUAAAUUUGGAAAAAGCAACCUAACUCUGCACCAGCUUUAUACAGACACAGACACAGAGCAAAGGUUUAUAAGCUUCAUUUGUUGCCUUGUAAUCAAGCAGCUAACAUUUAAUUUUAACAUGGUUUUUACAUAAUGCUACAUUUGUAUUUAUGUAUACAUUUAUGGGUCACCUCUUCAGGUUGGAAAAUCUAGAAUUUUCCUAAAUCAUCCCAUCUCUGAUUUGAGCUCACCACCCAGAGUGUGAUAUGAAAAGGAAAUGACCAAAAUUUAAAAAUAUGGUAAAUUAAAAGCGCAGGAAUCUGGUCUUGACCUUGUCUCAUGUCCUAAAAGUCUUGAUAUUAUCACACUUAAAAAUUAUUUGAAACUACCUUGACUACUAUUGCAAUGCUCCAAAAAGACCCCAUGAUAGUCUGCUAGUCUACAACUGAUUUUCCACCCCAGACCUGUAGUAGAUAUCUAGUUCUGUGUCUCUCUUCCUCUCUCUCUCUCAUUUGCACACACAUUCAUAAACACACAGGUCCUGAAGCUCAGUGACCUCACAGCUGACGCUUCAGUCAAAACUGCUGGCUGCACAGUUAUGUUUGGCCUGUACUGAAUCAGGACUCCAGCAAUGAAUGCUUUGUUUUUUUCUCCUGCUCAGCCUCAUCACGUGACUCAAGUGCAGUGAACUAUGACUGUGAGAUUUGCAGUGAAUUUUACAAUAUGCGCCAUAAUCUGCAGAAUUACAUUACUCUACUCCCCUGCUAUGGAGAGCUGCUGGGAAUGAGAUGAAUCACUCUAAAAUUACCACAUACUGAAAAUUUUCUUACGGGCCAUCCUUGUAGGAGUAAUUCAGGUGCUUCAAGGUCCUGUGCCAACUCAAGUGAAUACCAAAAGGAUAUUUUUGGUUACUUGGAUCACGGGGAAGCAAUCAGACGCUGUUGUAGUCUUUGGUCUUUAAGAACCCUCGGGGAAAAAGUCUGAGCAAACAUCAGAGGCACUUGGCUUAGUCUGAUCAAGAAAGAGGCAAAUAAGUGAUACAUUAAGACCUGAGUCAUCUAUUCAGAGCAGUGGUGCAAUCGCCUAAUGUGUCCCUAUGUGCUAGACUUUUCUCUAUUUAAAGCAAUGAAUGUCUUUUCAAUCUAUUUUAAUCUAGUUUAGUUAUAUUUUAAAGGAAAAGUAAUUAGUAAAUGAUCCAAAACCUCAAGAGGAGAGUAGAUUCAAAUCGCAUGGCAUUGGUAAAAAAAUAUGAGUGUUCAUUCAUCUGUUAAAAAGUUUGGUAGGAAUCACAAAUGAAAGUAGAAGACAUUUAGCAGGAGUUAACUUAGAUGUCUCAGUGUGAGUUAUUUACAGCUGAAGGUGUUUUGGAAUAACACUUUUUAUGAACCCACCUCUCAUAAUGCAUCAUAAGAUCAUUUAUAGAUCCUUAUUUGAAUCUAUAAAGCUUUAUUGGAACCCUUAUAAGUGAUAAUAAACUUUUUAAUUUUGCAUUAUAAACCAUACCUUUAUGAGACAUUAUGCUCGCUGCUUAAAAACACUUAUAACACGUGUUUUGUUUCUUUGUAUCAUUUAGUCAAAAGUUAAAAGUACAUCUUGGACAUUUGAUAAAGCAAGGGGCUCAGCUGUCAAGGUUGAUUAUUUUUUCACAUGUACUGUAAUUUUGGCCCAACUCAGUUUACUCAAUCAUAUUUGGCUUCACAGUGCUCAGCUUCAACUAAUAAGUUUUGAAAGGCACAUUAAAUCCCUCUGUGUCUGUCUCCAUGAGUUACAUUUCAGUUAGCGAGCUGGGGGAGCAGCUCAGCUUGUAGCCCCCGAGCUCCUGAGAGCAUCAGAGACACACAGAUUUUCAACUCGGAUGAGGACUUUAACCUGUUUAAUUGCCUGUUGUGUUUGUUUGCAGAGACUUAUGUACAUUAUCAGCUCCUGGUUAAUAUGAUGUGACCAUAAGUCCUGAAGGAGAACAAGCUAGCGCUAGCACCAGCUAGCUCAUAGACCCUUUGGAUCCGAGGAUAAUUUGGCUCAUGGUAAAUAAUCUGUGAGGGAUGAGAUGAAGGGUGAUUUGAGACUUGUUUUACUGAGUUUGUUGCCUUACAUCCUGACACAGAAGUUUAAGACAUUUCUUCAGUCUGAGUCUUUAUUUUGAACUCUUGGCUGUAUAUUAAGGAAAUGCAGACAGUGCUCAGUCUUGCAUCAGUGAUAAUCCAUCAGUGAAGCUGGGAAGGAAGUAAGUUGUUUUUUAGUGGGCCACAAAGUGACGUUGCCAAGAGCUCCAGCCAACUCACCAGCAUGAGGAUCUAAUUCAGUGUCUGUAACAGGCCCCAAAAUACCAGCUACCAGUCCCCGUCUUUAAUGCUGGACAUCCCUAUAAUAAUUAUAAUCAUGAGAACACUAGCCUGACUUGUUUUUUACUGGUGCUCAGGCCUGUGUGCUAAAUAGGUUUGAUUCACAAAAUGGAUGAUUUUGGUUGGACAGAGACACUCUGUAUUGUGCUGCCCGGUCUCACUGACGUAAGGAAGCCUGCAUGGGGCACUAAAUCAGUCCAAACCACUUAAAAGUAUAAAGGCCAGUGCAAGCCCCUGAGUAUUAUAGACUAGACAGUGAAGAAUAUGGAAGGAAAGAAGAGAGCGACACAAGGCACUAUAAUAAUGCUGAUUGCCUGAAUCCAUACCAUUUUGGCCCACAGUUUGCAGCGUGAGCCAGAGCCUUUAUGCAGUAAAGAAAGUAAAUUAAGGUAUGCAGACAAUUUACUACAAAGCUGAUUAAAGGAAGUGUUUUGAGUGUGAUUCACCAUCGGAUAGCCACGUUUUAAAAUCAGUUUUUGGGCAUUUUUGCCUUUAUGAGAUAGGAUGGCUGAGGAGAGAGAGAGAAUGUGGGGAGUAGAGAGUGGGGGAGGAUAUGCAGCACUGCAUAGAGGACUAAAGCUUUUAUAUAGAGGGUGUGUUGAAACCGCUAAGCCAUAAGCACCUCCUGAUAGUUACUUUUUUAAAGAAGUAACAAUAUGAAUAAAUUUAACUUGCAGAAUUGCAUUAAUCUUAAAAAGUUUAAAACUUUCAUCAGUUUAAAGCCAUACUCAGCUCAUCUCAACCACAGCCAAACUCUAAGCUAACACAAAUCCCAUAUACUGAUCUCGUAUCUGUCCCCUGAUCAUACUACAAGGCCACAGCCAUACAACAGAUGUACAGCUUUCCCAGGACUGUUCAAAGCAAACUCUAUGUGCUUCUGAUUCUGCACUAAUCAGAAGUUAUCCAACAACCAUUAAGCUUGAAUAGCUCAAAUUUGAUGCAACACAAAGCAAGGGGACUUAUCUUUGAUGGUUGACAUUUAAAUCGGAAACAUGGCUAAAUAAGGGGUUUCGCUUUGAUGCCAAAUCUUGUGCUAUGGUCUUGUUGGUUAUAUCUUAUCAAGAUAAGCAUGAUCUGACUCUUGUUACUCUGUGCUAACACUUGUCAGAACAACUGUAUAGGGGUAGCAGGGCGAGUCGAAAGCUAACAGGCUGUUGUAUUCAAGUACAGCACAUGGUUGCACAAGUUCAAACUUAGCCUACAGUUAAAAUACAGAUUCUAAUACGAAAUGGUAAUAUUUUAUGAGUAGACCGUUCACAUGUAGUCCUCCUGAAAACACUGAUUGUCAAAGUGCAGACUCUUGAAAGAUGAGAUCAAUGAGGAGGAAAACAGGGUCUCAAAGUCUGUUUUUCAUUUACACGAACUCAAUUAAAAACACAUCAUGAAUUUAAUCAAUAACUCGACUUUUAUUAGAUCAUUUCAUCGGAGUGAUAACAGUUCUGACACAUAAACGCAUGUUGUAGUUGAUGUUUCGAUUUUACUGUUGAAUUUAACGCUGGCUGUAGAUUAUAUUAGACCUAUCAUAAUGCUUGUCAUAUUUAACAUUUAUGCUACUGUUACUUGAUUAAUGGCAGAUAUUUUUAGGUAGUUAUUUAUCCAAAGACAAUUAGGUAUGAGAAUCAGCUCCAAACACUCCAUUUGGAAAAUAGCUUUUCUCUUAUUGGCCAAAGGAAGUAAUGAGAUUAUACUUUUGUUAAAGCUCCUCUAAGGAAUUCUUGGUUUGUCCCAAUGAUGGCGCCCCCUGUAGACAAAGCUGUCUCUGCUUAUCUUGUCCCUUACAUGCCUCAGUAGGGUCUUUUGACAAACACACAAAAGCUGAGUUUUGUCAGUUAAAUACAUCAUUUAUAUGAAGGAAAAGUGGGCUGUUUCCCUCUCUCACUGGUUGGAGAUGGUAAGAGUGGCUGAUGAUGGUUUAGUGGGUGAGUCCUGUCCCAAAUCAAGACAAAGUUUUUACAGAAACAGUUGAACAGGUCACAGAUAUUGAGAUGGGCAAUCAUUUCACUCCAUACUUGCCUUUUGUGUUAAUAGAUAGAGAAAUUCGCUGAUUUUUAUUAGCACAUCUACUAUUUGUACUCAAAUUAAGCUGAAUUCAAAACUAUCAGUGUUUCUUGAGACCUUCCUUAAGUUGCACAAUUUGUACAUGCCACUCAAAUAAAUCCUUUAUUUCGUGAGAGAAACCAGAGAUUCUUGUGAUUGACAGUGGCUGUAGAGUUCUGAUCAUACUAAUAUGUACUUUCAACCUGUUCUUUGUGUCAGGAUGCUAAUUGUGUACCAUGUAAACUCCUAUUUUGUCAUAUUUUCAUAGACUUGCAUUCAUCCCUGUUGUUGUCUCAAACUACCAGCUCCCUCUUGCUGUGUCUUUUUAAUUUGCUUAAUGCACACUGAAGUUUAUUGAAGUGGACCUAAUGCUUGGCCUGUUCUCUUUUCCAGCUCUUAACCCCAAUGCUGUGAGGAGCACUGCCUCGUGGACACAAUUUAGGAGCAUCAGCCCUUCUUCUCUAUCCUUUCCUCUCCCACAACCCCUUUCCUUCCCUUCUUUACCCUUCGCCAAUCCUCGCCACCCACACAACGGCUUCCCCACAGAUCCUUCUUCCUCUUGCAUAACAUAGGAACACGUUAGCAUUCUGAUCACUUACCAUGCAGGGUGGGACUUUGUAAAGGAAGACAAGUGAGCAAAGGUUUACAGAAGAGAGGAAGAUAUUUAAAAAAGGCAAUAAAAAGAGGAAGACAUACAGACCAAAGGAAUGAUAUUUUUGGAAAACCUGAAGAUGUAAAGAUUUAUAUUUUGUACAUUAAACUUUUAGUACCAGCUCAUAAACAAAUCAAGGCACGAACGACAGACACUUUGCACGCACAAUCCACUAAGUUUUCUUUUCUAACUCAAAACACACACACGCCACGGUCUCAUGAUGAUGUGCGAGGUGAUGCCCACCAUUUCUGAGGAUGGGCGGAGCGGGACCAGUGGGGGCCCCUCCUCACCCGCCGGGGCUGGAGUCGGAGGCCCCGGAGGUGCAAUGGGAGGUGGGGGAUUCAGAGGAGGGGAGCCCAGAAGCGGAGGAGAUGAAGGAGGUAGCACAGGAAACCUGGAGUCUUUAAUGGUCAACAUGCUGACGGAGAGGGAGAGGCUGCUGGAGAACCUGAGGGAGACACAGGAGAGUCUGGGGACAGCUCAGCUCCGCCUGCGCGAGCUCGGACACGAGAAGGAGUCACUUCAGAGGCAGCUUUCUAUCGCUUUGCCACAGGUACAUCUGUCUGUAUGUGUUUGUACGUGUGUGUGUGUGUGUAUAUACACUGAUAGUCUGUGUAUAGCAAUUAUGUGAGUCUAGUUUUUGGAAGGAGAAUACAGUGAAAUUUGCUGAUGUUAAACCCUCUUCCUUGCUUGGUCUUUGUUCUCAAAUUGAUGAAUGCCAUGUCUUCUUAAGUUUGAAGCUUGUGCCAGUUGUUCCUGAUUUUCUCAAAAGAUGCAAAGUCAAAAACAGGUGCAAAAAGUCCAAAAACAAAUGCAACAGUGGAAACACCCUGAAAAGGAAACCGUGUGCUGCAAAAAAAGCUGAAACAACUACAUUAACUACAUUGCAAAAACACAAAUGAUGCAAAACACAAUGUUUGGCCCGUCUUUGGCGCAGGAGCUUUAGUGGUAGCAGCCCGGGAUGCUUGGAGCUACAGCCACUGUGCUGCUGAGUAGUGUUUUCUGUAACUGCAAUCCACAGUUAGCCACAAACUAGCAGUAUAAUCAGCUCGGUGUUUAGCUUAGAGAACAAGGACAUGUUAGCUACAGUCUCCAUCAGUGGUUUGCACAAGGCAGCCAAACAGAAGUCCUGCUCAGGUCUCAGAGGUGAAGAGAAAUUAUGCCUGACACUGCCCUCACUCUUCUCCUAUCCCAACUGUGUCGUUACCAUUACCGGUGUCAGUCCAUGUCAGACUUCCCUGGUUACAGUGAUUUUAACAUUACUCCCUGAUAUCAAACUGUGCUGUUUCCUCAUCUUAACAAUAAGUUAAGUGUGCGGCCGCCUUCUCUGUUCUGCCAACAAUAAAGCUGUUGAGUUAAAGCCCCUACAGACCUGGAGCGCUUCAGUUAGAAGUCUUGAUUGACAGUGUUUUAUGUGUGUUUUUGACUAACCACAAUCUCUAUAUUUGCAGUGAUUUUUGGUAAAUGGAGCCUGUGAGCUGGUUCAGGCAACUGUAACUGCUCUGCCUAUGCACUCACAGGAAACAUGUCAAUCUCCUCCAUCAUAUGACAUUUCCUCCUAAAUUGACAAUAUGUAUCAGCUGCAAAAUUUCUGCCCCCACCACUCCAACAUCCACCUGAAGACCAUCACCCCUCAGACUUUCAGCAGGUUAAAAAAAAAUAAAUGUGAGGAGUGAAGAGCUUUGAGCCCAGACUCUAAACAGAAACAAUGUUAUGCUGCUGUAAUAAAAAUAUCAAAUUAUUAUGCACGCAUUACUCCUCUGACUGAAGCGGCUAUUUGCAGCAUGUUUUUGUCAUUUGCAGUGUGUUUCCCUCUGCUUGUGUUUUUUAUAUUUGCAUUAUUCAGGCAUUUGCCACACAUUUCUCCCAGUGAAAAUUGUUCAAGUCAUUGCAGAUUAUUACCAUUGUCAACAACAUUGGGACACACCCUCCAAUAUCCAUACAAGAGCAUUAAAGACAUGGUUGACGAUGUGAGAAGCAGGUGAAAAAAACUGAGCUGUUGAGGCAGAUUUAAAAAAAAGUGUCCCACCCCCCAACACAAAGCUCUCCCCCCUGUGCUCCACGGUAACUCUCCCCCCCGAACCUGUAUCGCCCUCCCCACGACACACCCCCUGUGGCGGAGUAAGAAGCCAGUCAGAAGACGAUCCUACGCUAGCUUCAAAUAGGAUUCACCAUGUCGGAUUGCUACUGACUAGCAGCAGUAAACACCAGCUCACUAGCGAGCACUGUCUGCAGCUGCCUGGACAGCUACUGUGUUGACAUUGCAGAGACUAAUAAGAGUUAUUUAUAUGGCAUGUGCCACCAUAGAAGGCAAAAAUUACCUGUUCAACAAAACUCUGCUGUCUCGGCGCCUGUUUUCAGGCCCAAAUCCCGGCAGAGCUUUUUCCACCGCUCGAAGGAUGACCCCGAUGUUUAUUUGAGUUAGAUUCAUUGCUUGGUCACAUUUCCUCUUUGACUCUGCCCUUUCUUCUGUCGGCUUACAUUAUCUUAUCACUUUUGGCGGUGGGGCAAGCAAAAGUGUUUUUUUUUUGCGUCCUUCUCCAUCACAGCUCCUAUAGCUAAGCUGCUAUGCUACUUUUAGCCGCUCAGAGCUCUGAGAAGGGCCGGGAGAGUGGGAAGGGACGAGUUGGUCACACGAGAGAGGGGUGUGUCGAAUACAGCGAGGUGAAUUGAUGGAGAGGCGGAGCAGGAGAUUGACCAAUAGGAGCUGUCCGUGACGGAAGGCUCCCAUUGGUCAAUGUUUUUGUAGCUCUGCACCUGCUAGAGUAAACAGAUUUUUUCCAUCCUUUUUUUCUUCACUUUGUGGAGAUCGCACUAUAGGACCAUGAUCGCCAUAGAAACAAGGUUCAUAAUAAUGACCAAUCUCUCCAAUCGUCAACCAUGCCUUUAAAAUGGAAGGCUAUGUGAACAUCAAAAUCAAAGCUGUGACUGCCAAAAUAUAAGUAACUGCACUACAAAGUUUUUAGAGGAAAUACAGGAGUAACAGGAUAUACCAUUCCUGGAGAUAUUGCAGCUUAGAAUCAAAGAAAAAUGUACCCAUGAUAACUAUGAAAUGUUUUGUAUUAUGACCAACAGAAUCAUAUCAUACGGUAUAGUGUUAUGUUGUGUUGCAUUAUUUUUCACCACAUGAUACCAAUUUCUUUUGGAAGUACAUGACAAACUUUCUCAUCUAUCUUAUUUAGACUUUAUUACAUUGAAUAAAAUAGGGAAACCUGAAAUCUGAGAAAAAUAAGCUGUAACAGAAGGAAGACGUGAACCACUUUUCAUGUUUUUCAAAAUUAAUACAACUGGAAGGUACUUUUUUAUGACAAGUUGUUACUGUAAAAUGAUGGACCAUCAUCAGGAUACCUAUGUGGAAUGACAGGUUAUUGUUGAUGUUGUCUUUGUGUCUUAAAAUAUUGAAUCCAAGUUGAGUGUCAAGUCAAGACCAAGUCUGGGUUCAAGUCAUCAAUGAAGAAUCAGAAUUGAGUUGAAUUUAAGUCCCCAUCGCCUCAGACACCUCUGUAGGCUUUCUGGCAGGAACUGAAGCUUUAGCAUGUGAAUGUGCUCACAGGUGAACACACAUUCUGAAUAAUUAGGGCCAUAAACAAAAACAAAAAAAUUGUAUUCAAUAGUAAGUCCAAGUCCUCCUUUUCAGCUUUUGAGUACAAAUUUGAUCAGUGUGUCGGUUCUAGUUACAGCCAUCAAAGCUCAAAUCUUAAGAAUCAAGACUGUCAGACUCCAGUCAAAGUCCUGGACAUCAGUACUAUAACACUGGUUUAGAUCAUAUCUUGCAUAAUCAGAUUCAGUUUGAAUAUAGUUGGAGGUUUACAUAAUCAUGACAGCCCUGCCCUACCAGUCAUAGCUGCAUAUCUUCACCCAUUGCUCCCUUGACCUAUACAGCUGCAAGGACCAGCUGACACCAGUCAAAGUUAAGGACACAUUUAACAUUUGUUGUCGCUCUCUUCCCCUGUUUCUAGAAAUAAGCUACGCAAUGUUGGCAUUUGGUAGUGUUAGGAGACAGUGGUCUCAUUUUUCACAGAUUUUUAAAUGCUGCAGUUUGUUUUGUAAAAAACAAACAUCACAGGCAUCUGCACAAACAAGAGGUAGAAUCAGGGAGCAGGAUCCACAUUUUUAUUAUGUAUACAGGGAUAUAAAUAACCAGGUUUCUCUUUAAACAUGUACACACAAUAUCUCAAAGGUGAUCAAAACCAGGAUACUUGAAUCCAUUUGAAUGUACCCAAAGUUUAUCAGUGGUUCUUCUGGGUGAGAGUCAUUGUUAGGUGAGCCUUUGCAGUGACAGUUUCUGCAGAGAAACAGCUACAAAUUAGAAGUUAAAUACUUUUUUGUCUGCAUGUUCAGAGUUUUCUUAGCAAUGUUGUUCAAAGUAAUGCUAAGGGUUUAUGUUCCUAUCAUCCUCUGGCUGUUUCGUGUGAGUUGCAUCUGCAGUUUUCCUGUUAUUGUGUAAUCAGGUUUUAUUAUGUUUGUUGAGUGUGUGGUUAGUGGAUGAUUACUGAUGCUGGAAGCUAAUAUUUGUUUGUGGCUUUGAAUAUGAGACUUUCUUAAAAUCUCUUUUGUUUGCUGGGUAAAGUAGCUAAUUAAUUAUAAAUUGAAUCGAAGAUUUUAUAAAUAUCAGAGAAAUUUUGCCUUUUAUUGUUUUUUUUUUCAGCAUGCAUAUUUUCAUCCACACUUUCUUGUUCUUUCAGCAUUAUUUGUGAGGAGCCUUCUUUUUUAAAGCAGCUUCGAAAAUGUGUUAGUGCAAAUUAGAUUCCUUGUGAGCUUCUGAUUUGUCAUACAUAACAGCUAUGACUGGCUGAUCCUUCAUUAAUAAGCCAAUAUCGAGAAAAAAGUCUGCAAUUAUUGGAAGUUUCACUCCUAAAAGAGGCAAAAGGUAUUUUUACCCCAAGCUUAUUAUUCAUAGAGAAACAGGAUACAAGAAAAACAUUAAAGUAAACAUGGAGCAUAAUGAGUCCUUAUUAUUAUUCUCAUUUCUUUUUACAACUUACAUUAGACUUCAGUGUGUAUUUUUGCUUCUUGUACUAUUCUGUCAUAGUUUUAGACUUUAAAGAAGUGGACACAAAGCCCUAGAAACCUAUAAAAUCUGUAAUAAUACAGUACACUUUGUUCCUUGUCCAUAUCUUCUUUAAUAUUUUAUUCAAAUCAAAAGUAAUAGAAAAUAUAAAAUGCAAACUCAUGAUAAUUAUUCAGCUCUAGAGCUGUAAAAAAGUGGAAUAAAACAUUCCCUUUUUCUAUAGCUUCUCAUAUGUGUGGCUUUGCUGCAUGUCAUAAUUGACUGUAUAUAUUUGUGUUCAACACUCUUGGUCCAAUAAAAUAAUAAUUUUAAAGAUUCAGUUUUCAAGUUUAAUGAAUUAGUCUUUUUUUCUCUAUAAAAAGAUUAAAGAGUUCAUUAUUAUUUUUACCAAAGAGCAGAGACAUGUCCAAACUUAUCAGACUAGAAUGACCCAUCUGGGGCACUGUGCAGGGGUGGCAUUAAGUAUGUGCAAACACACAUGAAUCAGAAUGAACUGCGUUUAGUAACCGUUUCUGUCUUCAGCUUUUCAUGUUUACUAAAACUUCUAAUAUGAGAGUGUUGAAGUGUUUUAAAUUUUGAGGGAGCUUUCCCAAAAGUAUCUAAUCUAAUCUAAAAUAAUCUUAUCUAAAGGCAUUUCACACAUGUGCAGGUUUGGCUCAGCAGUCCAUAAACUGUAUAAAACAGGAAGUAGAGGUAUUUUGAGGCUUUUUCGCCGUGGUUGUCAAGCUGGUACUUCAGACUCAACUGAACUUUUGGUCAAUUUACCAUAAAGCAAAGAGGUGGAGUUGAGGCAGGCCUGCUUUCCUUGGCGUCCCUGCUAACAGCUACUGUGUACCCACCUGUCAGUCAGGUCAGCCAUGCCCCUUAUAAGUAUUUUUAAUAUCUUUGGGACUAAUGAGUAAAAACAAAUUAAUUACUCCCUGUACAGAGUUUCUGGAUGUGCAUGCAGCUCAGUUUGCAGCCAAACUCAAGUGGACACUUGAAUUGCAGAUUUGAGCACUUCUGCAAUAAGUCCAAUUGUCAAGACCAAUGGUUGCCAUUUGAUAUAGCUGUGUGCCCCAUAAUCAGAGGCUACACUCCAGGACUAAGGUAUUAAAGUACAAAAGUAAACCCUAAAAGUAAACUUAAAGCUAGCCAUGUAACAAAAAAUCACUUGCCUUAGUUCUUUGAGGAUUUAAAAGUGAAUGAACAAUGUGAUGCUAAGAUACCGACUUGCAUCAGUUGGAACAAAGCCGAAAAAAGUCAACUACACUUGUUCCCCUUCUGUUGAGACCAUAGACUGUAUAUACUAUGGACAGCUUUGCUGGCGGAGGCGGGAUUUAUGACCUAUACUGCAGCCCAUCAACAGAGGGUGCUGUUCUCGGAGUGGCUUCACCCAGCAAGGAGGCAGACGGCAUCCAUUCUAUAUACAGUCUAUGGUUGAGACCAACAACAGAAGGGAUGGCCAAUCAGAUUUCAAAGGGAGGAGCUUACCACCCCUGGCCACCAGUGUACUCAACCUUGCUCAAAAGAUAUUGGCAAAUUAAUUGAUGAUGAAAUAGUUGCAGUGGUUGAACACUUGAUAAAGUCUUUGUUUAAACUACUCUAACCAUUUAGAGUGUAGGGUGUGCUUGAGAUAUUUGUUUUUAUAAUCUGUGAUUAAUGUCGCUCUCUAAAUGUCCAAAAUGUAUUUUUUUUUAAUUUACGCUGUAUAGCUCAGAGUUCUUGUACGCAUGGAACAAGACUGCAAAUUGUUCAAAUGAAUGUAGGGCAGAGCUAAUAGAGGGAGAUUGAGAUAAAAUAGAAGAGAAACUAAAAAGGGACAAGAGUAGCCAACAGAGAAGCUGACCCCUGUCCAAACAAAAAAGGAUCCCACAAGGCCAAGAGCCAAUGGACCCACUGUGUCACCAUCUGUAUACAGCCCGCUCUCUCUUCACUUAUCCACGCAAACACAGACCGAUCUAAUGAGUCUACUUUCAGCUGUUUCUGAGGUAAUCCUCCACCAUCAUUCUCCUAACCUGCAUUUGCCUCUGAGCUGGAGGCUUUGAUGCUGUUGUAUGGAGACUUAAAGAUAUCAGCGACAGUAGAUUCUGCCAGUGUUUCUUUUUUAAGGAAAUGUAAGACACGCUCGCCUGUUUGUGCUCUUGUUUCUUGCGUUAAGCAGGAGUUUGAAAGUGUAUUCCCAGCAGUGUUGUAAAUGACAUAUCGAUGCUGUGUUUUUUGGGGCCUCUCCUGUGCAUUCCAGUGCAGAGCCAUUGUGUAACAGUGUGAUGUAAUCCAUCCGUGAAUGCAAAUUCACAGAGGAGGAUGAGCAAGAGAGAGUGGUGCUAGUGCUAGAAAUUGUGUCAGUGAUUUACAUGAUUAUUAUGUAGAUUUACAUCAUGUCCGCCUUCAUACAUGCUUGGUCUCAGGUGUUUUACGGAGUUGGUCUCUGGAGGGCUUUAGCUAUGUAUGUUUUUAGUGUUACAUAUCCACAUACAUAAUAAAUGUGUGUUUGAAACGAGCAGCUUAAUCUCUUAAUUUUCAGCAUCACUUGAUUCAGCUACAUCUGGCCUAAAUCAUUAUUCAUUCCCUUAAACUUUCAUCGCAGCUCGAGCAGCUGAACAGACACCACUUCAACUAUUAAAGCGGCACAUUUAAACAGUUUGUUUUUCUUGCCCCUGAAUGCAUCUUGUGUGUUCCUCAGGAGUUUGCUGUGUUGACUAAAGAGCUGAACGUUUGCCGGGAGCAGCUUCUGGAGAGGGAGGAGGAGAUUGCUGAGCUCAAGGCGGAGAGAAACAACACACGUGUAAGAUGUUUAGCGGCCAUUUUGCCUAUUAGCACUGCCAGCUUCAGUGUUAUCUCUCUCACCCAUUGUGCUUGUGUGGGUGUGACACUGUUUCUUUUGCUUUUUUUUUUUUUUUCCUCUUCAUGACUCUUUUUGUCCCUAUCUGCUCCCAUCACUAUCUUUUACAACUCUUAACUGCUUUGUGUCUUCACUGGGCCUUCUCCAUCAAUUUUUACCCUUUACUACCUCCAUCACAUCUUCUGUGCCCCCUGUCUUCUCUGUCUACCACUCGCUGAUCACCUCUUUAUAUUCUCCUAUCAUGUACCCUUCUCCUUCCCGAUCAACCCACUCACUCCUGUAGCUGUUGCUGGAACACCUGGAGUGUUUGGUGUCUCGUCAUGAGCGCAGUCUGAGGAUGACGGUGGUGAAAAGACAGGCCCAGUCCCCAGCUGGGGUCUCCAGUGAGGUGGAGGUCCUCAAGGCCCUCAAGUCUCUGUUUGAGCACCACAAGGCCCUGGAUGAGAAGGUGGGUAAAAACAUUAUUUUAGGCAAUGCAGACUUGCAAACUCUUUCAUUAAAGGUAUAUUUCGGCGUAAAAUUGAGUUAGGGUCAAACACACCAUAACACUGAGUUAGACACCUCGUCGAGAGAUGAAUGAUGCCGACCGCUUGCUUCUCUAGUUACCAACUUUAGUAACAACUGUAAAUAGCAAUACAGAGAGCCACUCGCUCAACCAAAAAGCCACUCCAUAGCCACAAAUAAUGCUCAGAUCAGCACCUAACUAACAUCAACAGUACAUAUAGGGUCAUAGUACUAGCCACCAAACAUCUUUUAAGCUUUGCCUGAUUUCUUUAGCAAAGAGACUAAACACAACUCACCCACUGUCUUCCAGCAGCCACUUGUUUGUACAGAGGUGCGUCCAUUGACUGCAGUGGGGGUACACAGCUCAAGGAAAAAUAUUUAUGAUCAUUUCCUUGUGGAAAUGCAAUCAGACCGAGACGCUAAGGCAGAAGAACUACUGCGUCUGCUGUGCAAAAUGAUUAAUAUGAUGAUUAUUACUUCAAGGAAAUGAUAAAGUAAUGAUCAUAAAUGUAUAAUGUUCUUGGUUGAGCGUGUGGUUGUGUUUAGUCUCUUUGCUAAAGAAAUCAGGCAAAGUUAAAAAGAUGUUUGGUGGCUAGUGCUGUGGCUGGGACCCUAUAUGUACUGUUGAUGAAGUUAGGUGCUGAUCUGAGCAUUAUUUGUGGCUAUAGAGUGGCUUUUUGGUUGAGCGUGUGGCUCUGUGUAUUGCUAUCUGCGGUUGUUACUAAAGUUGGUAUAACUAGAGAAGCAAGCGGUCGGCAUCAUUCAUUUCCUCACGGGGUGUCUAACUCGGCGUUAUGGUGUGUUUGACCGUAACUUAAUUUUAUGUCAGAAUAUCCCUUUAAUUUCACUCCUACUUUAGUAGGUAUGAAGGAUAGUUUUAUGUAUGUGAAGGGGUCACAUACAGCAGUAGACCCAAAAGAUCAACCAGUUCAGCAGCAUGUUUCCAGGCCUAGAUUAGUCAGCAAAUCUACUUUGAUAACCCAGCAAGUCGAGGUCUGCAUUAUUAGCUACUGUAAACACUAGGGGUGUGACGGUACACAAAAAUCCCUGUUCGGUACAGAAAGGGAACCUGUCCAUCCAUCAUCAGAGCGGCAGCAGAUGCCUCGGACAAGUUGUGCACAUCAGCAGAUUUUAUAUGUUCAUAAGUGGAUGGUAUGGCUUGGUUGCUCUAGCUCUAUCACCUUUAACAUAUUUAAAUCCCCUGUUCUCAAAAACUGAAUAUGAUCGCAGAUCAGCUACCAUAAGAGGAAGCUGGUUCUGAAAAAAUGUUUUUUAAUUUUCCUUUUGGUAGUAUGUUUACAUUUGUAUGGUACUGCUUCAAAUGUGCUUACAAGUUGGAACUGUUGCCAUAACUGACGGCCACUGAACAGUGUCAGCAAAUUCCUUUUAUCUUAUUUACUUGUCUUUGUUGUAUUUCAUGAGGAAACUGAAGUGUUCUCACAUAGGAGACCUGGAUCUGAGGGUUGGGGGGAUCCUCUAGUUUUUGCAUGUUGUGCUGGCUGUACUGCACACAUUCAAAUUGGUACAGAAGUCCUGUACCGAAACAGUCAUAUGAUUAUACUGAUAUUUGUACUUUUGCACCCCUAGUAAACACCAAAACUUAUUUGCCACAGUUCAGUUCAAAUUCCCUUCUCUUUUAUCUGCCUUUAAAACAACUUAAUUAAACAAAAUCAAAUAUCACUUAAAUAGCUCUUUGAUUAGAACUUUAAAGUCUGAUGACUUUUUUAAGUUAUACUGAAGGGCGUCAAGCCACUUAUCAGGAUCACCAGACCUAAAAUGUAGGUGACCUGCUGUAGGAUCAAAAAACAGCUUUACAGUGUAAAGUAAGACCGAAUGCACCACAUGACGGUUCAAUUCAACUUAUUGGAAAGCACCUUUUCAUUUUUUAAACAGUCUAAGUACAAUUAGGACUGUGUAGUUCAUUUAGAGGGGUAAAAAGAUAAAUCUAACAUACAGCAGUACUACAAACACAGCUCCAGUCCCCAUAAGGGCCAUCUUACUGAUGUCAUCUCCACCUCACAGGUUCGAGAGAGGCUCCGUGUGGCCCUUGAGAGAGUGUCCAUGUUAGAGGAUCAACUUGCAGCGUCUUCUCAAGAGGUAAAUAAUCAUUGAAGUCUCUUCUAUGGCUCACAUGUGGUUCAGCUUAGCAUGGAGAAAGAACAUUUAUUUGCAUUGUCUGUUUCCUCUCCCCCCCUCUACAGGUAAUCUCUUUAAGAGACCAAAUUAAAAGACGUCAACAAGGGGUGGACGGCGGGAAAGAUGUAAGGGAGGGUUUUAUGCAUGUUGGUUCCAGUAGUUUUUGUGUUUGUGAUAGCGACAAGAAAGCCAGUAGAAAAGUAGAUGUAUGGGUACCAUGGUGUGUCAUUGUGAUUUUAGUUCCACGUCUUGCCUUACCCACAUGCCAUUAAUGCUUAAUUUACCUCCAUAACGGAUCCUAACUACUUAUUUUUCUUCAUCACUUUCAUUAUUUCUAUAUUGGCAUCAUUGCAGCGACUACCCAAUGGUCCCUCCACUGGUGUGGAGGAUGGUGAACUUGAAAGGCAGAGAGAAGGAGAGAUCGAGCGACAAAGAGCUGAACUCUCCCAGCUCAGAGAGAGACUGGCCCUCAUGUGCCGACAGGUUAGUGUUUUUGUUUAUUUGUCAGUGUGGGGACCAUACCCAUUGCUCCAGAGUGGGGACAUUUUCUGCCAGUUAAGGACAAUCUCUCCACAAGGAGAAAUUGCAAGGAAGUCUGAUGUGGCACCAGGGUUAAACAUGAGUUUGAUGUUUUUAAGUCAAUGGAUAUCGCUGCUAUAUUUGCAUAUGUAAUGCAGGAAAACUUUUAAAAAAUCAUUGAUUUCCUGUGGUUGGACAUUUUAUCCUUUCCUUGCAUUGAGAAUUGUUUCAUGCGCCAGUUUUGUCUAAAAUUGAUGACUUAUAAGUAUGAUGUUGUUUAACUCCUUGCGGAAGAGUCAGAAUUCAUAAAAUUUACAAGUUACUGUGUUUUGGGGUGAAACAAACAUUAAAUGUUGAGGAAAGUCCAUAAAAUAGAUUUGCUAUUUUUUUGUCUAAUGUUGGUUUUACCAAUUAUUCGGUAUCAAUCUCCUUAUAUAACCAUUAGCAAAGACAAUGAAAAAACGGCAUUAUCAAACUUAAGUUUUAAAAUUAUGGGCAGUAAGUACUCAGAAAUGUAACAGCCCUCACAAGUGUACAGAAAACCAGUGUGUGUGUGUGUGUGUGUGUGUGUGUGUGUUUGAACUGUAUUGCUACAAGUGUGUUUCACUGUUGUACUCUGUUAUAGUCCUUAUAAUGAACACUGACUAUUUUAAUAAAUAACUUUAAGGUACUCCAUUAAAUAGAGCCUCUCCUCAAGUAGUUCUGACAGUAUAUCCCAAGAAGGAGGGGCUCCCUCUGUUCAGUGUUUCCACUGGUCUCCCUCCUCCCUCUAGUGGCCAGAUACAGUUUUGCAGCUUCUCUGAAAAGCCAGAUUUGAUCUGUAUUGUGCACAUUAAGACACCAGAGACAUUAAAUCAUAUGGUAUAAAGCAGGUCAGACGUCGCCUUAUGUUACAAGCCAGCAGUAUUCAGGUGAAGAUAAUGAACCGAAAAACGUGCCCCCUAUCAUUCUGACUGUCUGGACACAGCAUGAAAAGACACAUUCUGUCAAGAUUACAGUGAGCUCAAUGCGUAAGACUCCCUGCAAGUUACACUUAUGUUAGUGAAGCUUUUUAUGGGUGUAACUCUGAUCAAACAGACAUUUGUGACUGAAUUAGAGGCGUGUCUAUUUACACUUGGUGCUGUAGCAGUUCAGACUGACUCACAUUGACUCAAACUGUGUCAUAUUGUAUCCCUUUGUUGUGUCACGUCAGGUUGGGGAAAUAGAGGAACAGCUUGCAGCCGCCAGGAGGGAGGUGACGAAGUCGGAGGAGGCCAAUCAGAAGCUCCAAAGGGAAGUGAAAGAGGUCUGUAGGGCCAAUCUGUCUCUUCCUGGCCAAGACCCUGAGAUCCCUUGGGUCCUUGAGAUCCAAGUGUAUAUUUGACCACAAUAGGCAUAUGUCCAAUCAGAAAUAAAAAGCAUUAUUAGUCCUAGAAAUGAAAGGGGAAAUUAAGAUAAAUUACAUAAUAAUGAGUCAGAAUUUUUACACAGUGGUGUUAGCGUAGGCAUGAAAGUUUAGAAAGUCUAUAUAACGUGGAAAUUGAUACUUAUGAAAAUGUACCACCCAAACAAGCUUUCCAAACAUAGAAAUUCCUCCUCCUGUUGGUAUCUUACCUGACCGUUAGUUUUCUAAUAAAUGUGUCAUAAAAACUGUAUGUACUGUAUAUGUAUUUUGUAAUUGUGUACUAUAUUGAUUUAUGAAACCAUUUUGCUUCUCCCAGGCCCUCUGCCAAAGGGAGGACAUGGAGGAGAGGAUAACAACAUUAGAACGCAGGUAACCUUUACUGCUUUUUGACAAAUCUAUUCUUAGUUUUAACAAGGACUCACAUCUCACACUUUCCAAACCAGAUUUAAACACAUUUGCUUUGCUUAUGAAAGCUUAAGUCCCAUAUGCUUCACCUGUUGACUGACAGUGUCUUGCAAAGGUAUUCUGACACCUUAUGAUGAAGCUUAAAGUUGUUUUACCUAAUUAUCAUUAAGAUUUCAGCUGUGACUGAAAAGUCUUAAAUCUUCCACAAUGUUGACUAGCCUGUUGUCAGUUAUCACUUAAAUUGCAAGCCCUGAAUUUAAGUCCUCUUUGGUAGUUUGCACACUCCAAGAUAGGGCUCUGCUGGCUUUUCUGAUGUGGUUCCUCGCUGACAUCAGUCUGAUAAGCUGUAUCUGUAUGUUUAGGUGAUUGCUCAGACUCAAAGUACUUCAGUGAUAUUUUAAUAUGUUUUACACCAUGCACAUGUUACACUUAAUCUGCCAACUGAGCCGCCAGGCUGUUUUAAAAAGUGAGAUGUGCCAUUGAAAAGCCAGUGGGGUUGUUAUUUUUCAUUACUUUAGCUCCAGGAUGAAGGAAGACGCUGCGUCUCGAACCUGUUACUUCUGCACUUGAGUUGCAUUGUGACGAACACUUUAACACUGACUGCCCUACAGGAGUUUUACAGCCCUAUUAGAGUCUGUAGGCUUCCCUACAAGCAGCACAAGGGACUCAGUACUGCUUGUAAAGCUUCAUAAAGCCUGAAUCCUGUCUGUUGACAGGAAUAAUUGGAGUGCUCUAGGAUUAUCAUUUAUUAACAAAUAAGAGGGUCUUCCAUCUUGGACAGUAAGAGGACAUAUCUACAUUGUGUUUAAGUAAAUUAAUCAAGCUGCAACUGUGCAGUUGAGCUGAACAUGCUGUUGCUAAUAACAUUACAUGUUGGUUGAGAACUGCUGCUCCACUGACAUAAUGGCGGCUGGGUGGUGAUUGCAGGUACCUCAGCGCCCAGAGGGAGGCGACUUCUCUCCAUGAUAUCAAAGACAAGCUGGAGAAUGAGCUGGCCAGCAAAGAAUCACUGCACAGACAGGUAAAAAACAUCUUAAAUACUGAAAAUACAUUUAUGAUGUUUAAUCGGGUAAUGAGAGGCUUCGGGAUUUCCGAAUCUUAAAAGAUUUUGUAUGGCACUCAUUUUUAAACAGGCUUUUUCUCAUGAUUAUCAUACUUGACAUGUAUGUUUUUGUCUUUGUCCAGAGUGAAGAGAAGAACAGACAACUGCAGGAACGUCUGGAUGAGGCUAAGCAGAAGCUCCAGCAGACUCUUCAGCGAGCAGAGACGCUGCCUGAGAUCGAGGCCCAGCUAGCUCAAAGGGUUGCUGCUCUCAACAAGGUAUCUAGUGUCUCCAUACUGCCUGUGACCGACUACAGAACCUGUCACUCAAUUCAGUGCUCUGAUACACAAAAACCAUUAUUUUAUUAUAAACUGAUCACUGUAUGUAUGCUAUUAUGACCCUCACCUGUCCAUCUGUCUUUUGUAAUGUCAUCCCUCAAACUGUCAUUAAGUAUCUCCAGUAUUUUUGUGCAUCUGAUUUGUUUUCAUCUGCUAACUUAGGCAGAGGAGCGUCAUGGAAACUUCGAGGAGCGACUACGACAAAUGGAAGCUCAACUCGAGGAGAAGAACCAAGAGCUUCAGAGGGUACUUCAUUAACUUUUCUCUUCUUGGCUUUACAUUUGGCGUUAAUGUAAAGAAAAUUCAAUCUUGAGCGCAUCUUGUGGCUUUUCUUUGAUUCUAGGCGAGGCAGAGGGAGAAGAUGAACGACGAACACAACAAACGCCUCUCUGAUACAGUGGACAAGCUUUUGUCUGAGUCUAAUGAGAGGCUGCAGCUUCACCUCAAAGAGAGGAUGGCAGCCCUGGAGGAGAAGGUACCAGGCACAUUAAUUACUGGUGAAGAGUGAUUUUUGAUGUUAUGGAAAAUUUAGAGUGGUUUUUAAGUGACUUCUGCUUCUGCUCUGCUAGAACGCUCUCUCAGAGGAACUGUCCAAUAUGAAGAAAAUCCAGGAUGAUCUUCUAGCUAAUAAGGUACUCCCCAGUUGUUUUCCUACCCUUGUGAAGAAGGAUUCAGGAGAAUGUUUAAUCUUGUGUAUCAACGAAGGUGUUUCAACACCGAAUCAAGUUUCUUGGGAAGAAAAUAAACAUUCUUUCCUCCACUUCCCACUAAGGACGUUCACUCACCGAACAGCAAACUUCUUCCAUUUCUCAAGAAUUCCUCUUUUCUACAAAAACACUUUGCCUCAUGUUUAACAAAGACGGGCUGUUUUCCCACAGGAAAAAAAAAAUCCAAAAACAAAUCUUGUGUAUUUUUCUCCCUUGUGCUUCAGGAGCAACUCCUUGCUGAGCUGGAACGAAUUCAACUGGAGCUGGAUCAGCUGAGAGGGGGCAGGCCAGGCUCUUCUUACUCCAGGUUAGAUACAAUGAACUUUUACGGGACUUAGUUCUUUAAAUAGGUCCCACAUUUGCUGAAUGCCCAAAUACAAAAAAGUCCCCUGAGAAAUAAUAUGUGAAUAAGGUCUCUUUUUAGCACAAAUAUUUGUUUACUACCCUGUUGGGCUGUAUUGUACUUACACUUUUUUCCUGAUACAUUAUUCAUACUGUACCCGGAGUGUUUUGCUCUCGCUGAAAUAUAUGCAAAUUCACAAAUUUCUAGUGUCUGUCAUUUUACUCUCAGAAAAUGGGGACAUUGUGAUUUCAUGUGCUGUGGUGUAACAACUGAAUUUUGGAUCUCACUGUAGGGCGGGCAGCGUGAGCUCACUUCCCUCCACCCUUUUUCGAAGAUCUCUUCCAGGGAGCGCCUCGGAACUGCGAUACCCUCAGGGUGGAGGCUCCCUCCCGUCUGGCUACGGCAGCUCCUCUAGUGGGGUGGUGGUCAGGAGGACACACCGCGGCCGGUGGGGUGGUAGUAGAGAUGAUGGCGGCAAGGUGUUGAUUUUUCGAACAUAGUCAUGGCAUAAGAUUAUAGAUACUAUUUGAUAUUAAGAUGAUGAUUAACCUCAUUAUUUCCAUCGUUUUUCCUUUUCUUAAGUAUGGGGAGUGGGAUAGUGGCUCAAUGAUGGGUGCCGGGUAUGAGGGCGGUGUGGAGGGAGGCUGCUCUGAUGACGAGGACGACAGGGAGACUCUGUUUGGAUCGGAGCUGCUUUCACCCAGUGGACAGACAGAUGUACAGACUUUGGCUAUCAUGCUACAGGAGCAACUGGAGGCAAUCAACAAGGAGAUCAAGUAAGCUUUAUGUCGAUAAACUCUACACAGAGAUUGGGGGUCUGGGUCUUAUAACGGGAAGGGUUCUGAAUUUCAUUCAUUUGAAUUUGUACAUUUAAUGUGAAAUUUUCUCCUUUCCUUUCCUUUCCUCUCCUUCCAGGCUCAUCCAGGAGGAAAAGGAGAGCACAGAGAUGAGGGCAGAAGAGAUAGAGAGCCGGGUCAGCAGUGUUGCCCUCGAUGCCUCGCCUCUCCCUCCCUCUUCACUGGGAGGUCGGGACAGCGUUGGGAGGGGUUACAUGACUCCCUCCAUCACUUCCUCGACGUUGGCGUCUCCUUCACCGCCCAGUUCUGGACAUUCCACGCCCCGUCUCCCUCAUUCCCCUGCCAGGGAGUCUGAAAGACAGGUAACAUCUUAGCACCCAAAAGAUUUGCUAUGAGGAUAAUUUCAGGACACUGAUCCUGUUCUCUUGACCCAGCAGAACAGCAAAGAGGGCGAAGAAUGCAGAGCACUGGCCCUGAUUGACUCCAACCCUCCUGUUCCUCGAGCACUGCGACUGGACAGGAUGACACACACUCACCCAGGAGCCGGCCUGGAUGACCAUCGUGAAUUUCGCAGGUAUGCUCAGGACAGGUUACUCACACACUAGCCUUUUAAUUCAAGAAAGUCCCCAUGCUGAUUUUAGUAAGUUUCCCUUUUCUGCUAUCAUAGUCUCUCGGCUGAUGGUGCCACCACUGCUAGCCAGGAUUCCCUCCACAAAGCCAGCAAAAAGAAAAGCAUUAAGUCAUCCAUUGGCCGUCUCUUUGGCAAAAAGGAAAAGGGGCGGAUUGGUGCACCGGGACGUGAAUCUGCAUCACUGGGUUUGUUUGAAACAACUGCACAUUUAUUUUGUGGUCCAGCUGUAAUUUCUUAAAGGUAAAAGAACCAUAAAUAGUGAGGCUGUGACGCAUGGUAACUCCUUUUUAACCUUUGACCUCUAUAGCCUCCACCCCCUCUGAUGACCUGGGUUCAGCUGACCCCUUAGGCCUGACUAAACUUGGUACUGGGACAGUAGAGAAAGACCGGCGCAGCAAAAAGAAGUGAGUUCAGUCACCUUUUUACACAUUUAUUUAUAAAGUAUUAUGCUGAUGACACUGUGUUAUGUGUUCGCUGAGUUGUACAAAUAGUGUAAUACUAUUAACUAACUAUUCUUUAUACAUAAAUUGGUAGACUCUCUGAAAGUUCAUAAGAUUUUGCAGUAACAUGAAAGGUUUUUCCAUAAAUCCUUUUACAAAAAGUCAAAAAUUUCGUUCCUCUUUCUCAUUGUGCACCUAUAUGCUAAUUUUUGGAUGUUUCAUUCUGAUGGAGAUAUCUUAUAGUAUAAUAAAGGUUUGUUUACACUGUUUUGAUUUUAGGUUAAACCAAUUUAAAAAAAAAAUAGAUUCCUCUCAUUCACUCAGAGUUGUCCAUACCUUUGUGUUUUCUGGUCUAUAUUUUGCUAUACCUCAUACAUGAUAUUGUUGUGCUCAACUAUACUUCCUUCACAUAUAGAGACCUUCAUUUUUAGUAAUGUUACUGCCACGACCCACAUACUCUUUAAUGUGCUGUUAGUUUGAAUUGGUAUAAAACAAUGCAUCCUCUAGAACAAGGGUGGGCAAUCAUGUGUCAUGGAGGGCAGAGAGGCUGCAGGUUUUCCUUCCUGCACCAGGUGAUUUCACUGAUUAGUCCCUGCUCUCUGCUUGGAGGUAAGGUAAUCAGUGAAAUCACCUGGUGGAGUUUUGGGUUGGAAGGAAAACCUGCAGCCUCUCGGCCCUCCAUGGCACAUGAUUGACCACCCCUGCUCUAGAAGGCACUUAAACAAACAGUCUCACUGCAGACUUUCACUAUCCAAAGUAUUUGUUUUUUAUUUUGCUUUGCUAAUCUGACCUUAACUAUCGGCAACACGGCAAAACUCUGCACCUUGAUUACUUGUAGUAUCUAAACACUUGAUCCAUGUCUGUAAGCUUCUCACUCAUGAUGAAAUGAAAGCAAAGUAUGGUAAUAAAAAAAACAAAAAACUGACCAUAUUUUUAUGUGCGGUGGAGGAAGUAGCAUAUAAAAAAAGCCUUUGAUCUAAACUUAAAUGCCGAAAUACUGCUGCAGGAAUUGUGACAGUAUCAUAAAUUCAGGAUUCUGGACUCUCAGUACCGACUUUAAAUUUAUUUUUACAUUCACUUAAAGAAUUUGUUCACAAGCUUUAAUACUUUCUCGCCUUUACUAUAUGAAGACCCACUAGGUGCCGUCUUAGAUUAGUUUAAUCUUUUGGGUAGGGACUUUGUAACAUGGUAAGAGUUGCUUUAAAGGUGGCGGCCAGGCACAAAUGUCAUGAUUUUUAUCACCUUCAAAAUUUAAUCUGUCAAACUUGUGUUUCUCCAUCCCUGCCAGGCACGACCUGCUAGAGGAAGCCUGUCGUCAGGGUCUGCCUUUUGCCUCAUGGGAUGGUCCAACUGUUGUCACAUGGCUAGAGGUACAGCAUGAAUCAGAUCUGUUAAAUUGAGGGCUCAGUUUGGGCCAGGGUAUAGAUAUAACGUGUCACUAAUGUGUUUAUAUUGCAUCCUCACUAGGAUAAAUCAAAACAGUUGGGGUUAAUUUUAGUAAUAAGGUUAUGUUAGGGCACAGUCAGUCUGUAUGCAGCUAAAAGCGACCCUCACUUGAUAGUUUGUGAAGUAUCAUCAUAACACUUACAUCCUCCUUCUGUUUAUCCAGCUGUGGGUGGGGAUGCCAGCUUGGUACGUUGCAGCGUGUCGUGCCAACGUGAAGAGCGGCGCCAUUAUGGCCAACCUGUCUGACACAGAGAUCCAGAGAGAGAUCGGCAUCAGCAACCCUCUCCACCGGCUCAAACUCCGCCUGGCUAUACAGGAAAUGGUCUCCCUCACUAGUCCGUCUGCACCUGCAAGCACUCGCUCUGUAAGGCUGUUAAUAAGAACACGAUCUAGCUCUAAACACGAGCGAAUCAGUCACAUGUUCGCACAGAUGAGGCAUCAACAAAUCAGUAUAUUCAUGUGAAGAGAAAGAGUCAUUUGGGGUUUUUUGUUUGCUUUCUUUCAGUCCACCAGUAAUAUUUGGAUGACACAUGCCGAGAUGGAGUCUCUCACUGCUGCCACCAAACCAGUAAGAAGAUCACAUUUCAGAUUUGAAUUAAACCUAAAGUCUUUUAGGAUAUUAGAUGUGUAAUGUUUACAGCUGUAUUAUUAUUUUGGCCUCUUAAUCCUGAGCAAAGAUCCUCCGUUGAUCAGCUUUUCUGUUCUUUUUCUUUGUCUCUGAUUAGGCGUGUUUGGCUUCCCCUUUCCCUUACUAUUCCUGUAGAAUCUGUUUCGAUGUAGUGCUUUUUCCAACUAAUUCUCACUCACUAACAAAACUUUUCCCCUUCUGCCCCCCCUCUCUUCUUCUCAUUUUGGUCCUGAUUUUCUGUAACACACACACAAACACAUGCUCCUCCUGGUGAUCUUUCCCCCUUCCUUGCAACUAUCUUUCCCUUUUUUUCUCUCUCUGAUGACUUUUUUCUGCCUGAACCACAAGGAGCAGAAGGAGUUCAGCUGGGACCAGGUGAGUUUUCACCGAGGUUAUUAAGUCUAUCAUACUUAAAGAUAAUUAAACUGUAUAGCCAUACCACUUUCAGCGUCCAUGUAGUAAAAUUUCUGUGCAGCAUGUUCAUCUAUUAUAGUUGUUGUUUUGAUUCUUUAUGUUUAUGAUUAGCAUCAUGUAAUUUCUCUCGUGCAUUUGAUUAUUCACCGCCAUCCAGAUCUUGGCCUAUGGAGACAUGAACCAUGAGUGGGUGGGAAAUGAGUGGUUGCCCAGCCUGGGUCUGCCGCAGUACCGCUCCUACUUCAUGGAGUCCCUGGUGGAUGCUCGAAUGCUUGACCACCUCACCAAGAAAGAACUGAGAGGCCAGCUGAAGAUGGUGGACAGUUUCCACAGGUCUGAAAUCAACAUUAAUGGUUUAAACUCACAUUGUGGAGGAUGUUAGUUUUGAGUCUCUCAUACUGACUUAAUGUAAAAAGUAAACGUAAUUCUUGGUUUUCAAACUGAGGCUAAUGUAAAGGUGCCUUAAAGCUGCCUUAUUUGUGAAUGACCAGCAGGGGGUGACUGAACUUACUGCAAAAAGAAGCAUUUCUUCUCAUAAAUGUAUUGAAACAAAUACAAAUUUUAAAACUUAAAUGUGCCUCAUGGGCCCAAUAAAUUAGUAUGGACUUGGUGCCUUAAAACAGCAAUCAUCAAACCAAUGGGUGAUGCAACUGUGUCUAAAAUAUGUCUACGAAUUUUAAAAGGUCUGUUGUUUUACAGCUUCUGCCUGAAUUAUAAGAGGAAAGUAUUUAUUUUACAUCUCUAAUAUACAGGGUGAGUCUUCAUUAUGGCAUCAUGUGCUUGAAGCGCUUGAACUAUGACAGAAAGGAGCUAGAGAGGAGGAGGGACGAGAGUCAACACCAGAACCAAGGUGAGGUUUCUUCAGAUGUGAUAUCAGAUUAAAUGAUUGUACACACUUUCACAGUCUCUCAGCUGAUCUACGUCUCUUUGUCUUUCUCCUCAGAUGUAAUGGUUUGGUCCAACGAGCGAGUGAUGUGCUGGGUGCAGUCUAUAGGUCUGAAAGAGUUUGCAGACAACCUACUAGAAAGCGGAGUGCACGGGUCCCUGCUGGCCCUGGAUGACACCUUUGACUACACUGAUUUAGCCCUCCUGCUCCAGAUACCCAAUCAAAACACACAGGUACACUUCUUUGCACCACUUUGGGAUGAAAUAACAUGAGAAACAUCACCUCUGAUUCUUGUUGAUCUACCACAAAAUCAAGAAUGAGGGUCAACCCUAACCCUAACCCUAACCCUGUCAUAUUGAGUUCCCAAUCCUGUUUGCCAUGAGUACAGCAGUUGAGCUCAGCUUUUGCUAACUCUUGUUUUUAUGAGGUACAGACCUGCUAACAACAUCAAGUUCACCCAGAGUUGUGUCCGAAUAUGACCAAAGCAGCUGAUAUGUAGUCUGUUCCAUGUUGCUACACAUGCCAACUUACUUUGUGCAGGAAAUCUUUACAAAUGUUUAAUUCAUGUGCAUGUGCAGUAGGGGAUGGUGGUUGCUGCAUUGGCAAUCAUAAUGGCACAUGAUAAAGCUAGCACAGUGCCAUCUUCUGGGUAAAAUACCAUAAAUCUACACAGUACCCCCCUUUGCAUUAUAUGGUAUUCCUCUAUUCCUCUAUGCAUUCCUUUUUAAAGUUGAAGCACUCUUUUAGCUAAAAAAAAAAAAAAGGUUUGAAAAAGGCUUCUUAAAGAGAAAAUUUUACAGUGCUCAUGAUCUAUUUUGUUUCUCUGUAUUAGGCGAGGCAGCUCCUGGAGAAGGAAUACAACACUCUCAUCUCCAUGGGAACAGAGAGGAGGCCCGAUGAGGUAAAGUAAUGCAGACCAUCAGUCGAUAAUUAACCAAAUUUUAACCGAAGUGAAAUAUCCAUCUUCCCUUUAAAAGAUAGAAGCAGUGAAUGCACCACUGCUGGUAAGUUAAAAACUGUGCGUCUGCGGUGUAAUGUCACAAAAUACCCUAUUUGUCAAAUACUACUUUGUUGGACCUCAUUAAUGCUUAGCUAUUGAACCUCAACAUCUGUGGCAGCAGUUUUUAACCGCUGGUUGUUGUUUUCUGAUUUCUGCAGGAUGGCACUAAAACAUUUACACGGUCACCUUCAUGGAGGAAGAUGUUCAGGGAGAAGGACCUGCGCGGGAUGACUGCAGACUCCUCAGAAACAUUACCUGCCAACUUCCGUGCCUCUGCCAUCGCGACUCCCUCUGUCACCCUGAGAAAAGUCCAGAGUGAAGGUGAGGGGAUGAAGAUCUCAGUGGUUAGAUGAGAGUUUCAAACCUGCAAGAGUUGAGGCUGGGGAAAAAACUGAUUGGACAAACUUGGUUGUUAAUAAUUAGAUGUUGAGUUUUGUUAAGUUUCUCAGCUGUGUUAUGUUUUUGUUAACUAGAGGAAGUCACUCACCCAUAGUUUAUAGCACGAAUGUUGGAUGGGUCUUAGUAUUGAGAAUCAAUCUUCUUGUACUGUCCCACAUCCUUGUGCUAAUUUAUGUACAAGUCAAAAAAGGACACUAGACACUCUUUAAUGUGGCUCCAUAUUUUAGACAUAGUGGUUAAUGCUUGACUGGUUUAACCAACCACCGAAGGAGAUAGAGACUGUGUAUUUUUGACUCAUUAGAUCACUAAUUCAUAUGUUUAACAUUCCUGAUUUGUUGAUUUGAGUUAAAGCUCUUUGCAUGUGACUUUACACUUAGCUUAAAUGCUGUUUCAUCAUACUCUCUUGCUGCUGGUUGUAAGUCAGGAAAAUAUUGACCCCAAGGUUGAAGCCAUUUAUUUGUUGAAUGUUGAAUUAAUUGAAUGCCAAAGUAAGUAAAGCAUACACAGAUUAUCAGUUUUUUUUCAAAAGGGUAUUUUUGGUCUUAUUAGUGGCUCUUUUUGAAAUCCAAUAUUUGGUCAGGUUUUUAGUAGUAACAUAUUACCUUUCUCUACCCAUCAGUAAACUCUGGUCCAAGAGGGGAGUCAGCGUCUGUGAGGACAUAUUCCUGCUAAAAGACAAGCACAUGAGGUGAGACAGCAAGCUUCCUUAAUGAUGAUUUUGAUCUGAAGCUGAUUCAAAUGUUUUACCCAUGCAGAUGUUACUGUGGGUAUUUACGUGUUUUUUGUUUUUUUUUUAACUCUUUUGUAUAGAAACCCUCCUCUUUCAUCCUAAUCCAAGAGGGAAAAAAACAAAAACACAUUUUCAAAGAAGAAAAAAAUCAAAAAUGGACACUAGAAGAUGACCAACGACACCUGAGGCAGACACCUCAAGGAAUCAAAGACACUGAGUGAAUGCUUUCUAAAAAGAUGUUAAAAUAAUGAGUGAAUGUCUGUUUAUCCAUCUCUCUCUCUCUCUUCCUCUCUCUCUUUCUCUCUCCCUUUCUCCUUUUCUCUCUCACUCCAUCUUUCAUCCAUUGUUGUGGCAUGAUGCUGUUUGACUCUGUAGAAAGUGGCCUGUAGAAAGUGACCAUCGUGAAUACAUCUUCUGUUUUUUGAGUGUGAGAUGGCACUAUUGACACAACCAGUUUAUAGAUUUUUUUUAAAUUGGAGAAUGCAUUCCUGUUCAGAUUAAGAGAACAACAGCCCCGACACGCAUCCUUGCAGGCAAUUUAGACUGCUGAGAGAACAUACUCUGCCUAGUAACAACAACGACAAAAAAAUACUCGGGUUUGGGGAGAGGGCGCUCGAAAAGGAGAGUGACCGUGUACACAAGGGAAAAGAAAUGUAUGUUCUUAAGCCAUAAUAGACAUGAGAUGCACAAAUGUGAAUAGGACAGACAAUGAGACAAUUAGCAAAGUGCUUUUAUGAAAAAAUCCUGUUCAAACUGGAUUAAAAAAAAAGAGUUAAGCAUUUGUGUUAAUAUGCAUGCCAAAAUCAACCAUUUUAGAGUGAACGUCAUGAUAUCAAUCAUCCAAUGAUGUGGAAGCCUGAGGACUUUGUAAAAUGUGUGUACUUUAUUUUUAUCAUUUUUUAUGAUAACUGCUAUUGUAUGUAUGUAUGUAUGUACAGUAUGUAUGUGUGUGUAUUAAACUGUACGUUCAUUUCAUACUUAGUUUUAAGACUGACUGUAAUUUCAUUUUUAGGUUGAAAAAGGAAAUAUGUUUUAAAUUAUGGACAUUUAAGAUAUGCUACUUGUAUGUGUACAUUUUGAAAAAAACAAAACAAAUUGUGUUAUGAUUUAAAUUCAUAUUAUUGGAGAGUAGUGAUGAUAAUUGAAUAUAAUAUGAUAUUAAUGAUGAUGAUACUGAUUGUAAAAGCUGUAAUUAAAAAAACAUACCUGUAAAAAUGCUGCUGAUAGACUUCAUUGCAGUCUUACCUCAAAGGGACAGAAGAUACCAGGUAAGUGCUGAAAGUGGACUGAACAAACAUUUCAUGACUGUGGAUUAAAAUUAUGGCACACACCUUUUCAUGACAGUAUGUAUUAACGCACAUAGGAAGCGAUCGUUACUGCAAGAUCACAGCUUAUAUGUAUUCACACACAUAUAUCACACACAUCUUGGGAUAAUGAAUGGUGUGAUUUGGUGCUCUGUAGAUAAAAACUGAUUGAUUGACUGAUUUACUGACAUGCGCAAACACAAAGACCUGAUAGUAAUUUGUAGGUUUUACAUAUAAGCGUUGCUGUAAAUAUCAGUGUGUCAAACAUAGACUGUAUGUACUUUGUACAACCUGGCUCCGCCUUCCGUCAUUGUACGGUAUUUCCUGGAACCACCACUUUCACAGUAACGUUGUACACAUUCAGCGGGAGAGUCACUGUGAUGAUGCACUGCUCAAACUAUACCUUCCCC